AAAUAUAAUGUAAAAUAUUAAAAAUUAUUGUGAAAUAUGAGAAUUAAUGUGAAAUGGAUGUAAGGUUAUUGACUAAUUUGGUGGAGGAUAAUGUUCGGUAUUUUGAACUUGUGAAGAUAACAAUUCACACAUCUGUCCGAAAAUCUUACAUUAUUAUCGGCGACAAAUGCAUUUAUUUUACUACUUGUGACUUGGCGAGUGUGAUUAAAAAUGGUAAGAUCAAUUAUUCCUCAAUCAGUGACAUUACCAUCAAUGACCACGGCACUGAAAUCACAAUCAAACUCAACCAAAAUCUGUUAAACGGAGAGAUUAGGGGGAAUUCAGCUGAUUCGGAAAUUGGCGUAUAUGAAAUAACAGUUGAAACUCCAGACUAUACGAAGUUAUUUAAUAAUAUAAUAAUCUCAAAAAACACUUUUAACACUUUAAAACACUACCAGCUCCCGGAGGACAUCCCGAAGCCUAAAAUUGACCCCAAAAACUCAUUUUUACCCUUUUACAAGUAUAGAAAAGUUAUUAUUGGUGAUUACUGCCUUUUCUUACGGCACACUUACAAAGUUACAACGAUAAAUGGCUUGAAUUACAAGAGAUAUGAAGAUGAUAGAGGAGUUGACAUGACAAUUACAAUCAGUGAUCCAACACCUAUAACGGAUUCAACUUAUAACAUUUACGACACUACCAGAAAAUACUUACCACAACAUAAAAUCAACGUUGACAAGUUUAAUCCUCUGGAUAAAACUCCGUUAAUAAUUCGUGAUGACUUUUAUUUCAAGAAAAUGAACCUCAAUUGUGACAUUUCCAAAUGGCUAUCCUACAACAUUGUUAUCAAACAUAAUAAUUAUAUUCUCUCACAUUAUCUCUUAAGACGACUUUAUAUCCCACCGUUGCUUGAUAAGUACCAGGACGUGGAAGUAACAUUUAAAUUAAUGAAUAAUUUGAAUUUAUUCAACGAAUUCAACACCAUCGUAAACUCCGUAACCGCUCCAAACAACACUUUCUUCAUUGACAAGAAUUUGAUAAGGAUGAGGAUUGACAGAUUGGACAUAAGUUUCAAUUAUUACAAGGAACUACUCCUAAACUAUAAACUCCACAUAAGUUACUUUAAAAUUGUGAAAUCAUUUAUCGUCUCAUUGUUAAGAUUACUACCAAUCAAUACGAACCUGGUGUAUAAGCUGACUGAUGAAAUUAUCUCUGACGAGCCCAUGGAAUACAUCUCACAAAUUCUCUCAUUACAACAGAUGGGACUUGUGGAUGAGAAUAAGUUCGUGAUGAAGCUGGCUGAUUUUAUAACCUUCACAAUAGACAAUUUCAUCUCAAGUGAUACAAAUUUGUUGAAUAUGAUUGUCCGAAAUGCUAAUGAAAGAGUUGUGAAAAUUUUAUACUUUUUAAUGCAUUUCCGAUCCGUAGACUUUAAUUUAAAGUAUAAUCACAACACAAUUGAUCAAGUGUUAAAAUAUUACAAUGAUAAUGAACCUGGACUUAAUUGGGACAAUCUCACCUUCAACUUUUAUACCACAUCAAGACUAAUUGAAGAAGGCCUUUUCAACUCCAAACUAAUCAAAACAGAGGCUGCGUAUAUAAAAUUGUUAUGUGUAAUAUUUGAGAGAUACAAUGACGAGAAUUUGAUAAAGCGCUUGAUAUAUAAUUUGAACCAGUUGCCACUACCACUAGACGAAGUCUACACUCCAUUACUCAUUCCUGUCAUCAACAUACUCAAACUCACCAAUAGUGAGAAUAUAAUGACGUUGUCAUUGUCGUUGUUGGUGAAUUUUACGUUCCACAAUAUCUCUUGCAAAGAAUUAAUGAUCAAUAAUGGAAUUAUGAGCGUUUUAAACAAAUUGUCAUUACACCACAACAAUGAGAUCGUAAUGUUAUCAUUGAAGUUAAUGCUAAAUCUGACCAAAUUAGCUCAACACCCUGUGGUCAACAACGGAAUUAUAAACAACAUCACCAAAGUCAUACAAAUGAAUAUUGAUAAUGUAAAUGUGAUAUCGCAUGUCGGUGGGAUCGUAGGACAAAUUUCAAAUUCCAAUUCCAUACCCACGGAUUACAAGAUUGAGUAUAUACUUGAUACAAUGUUAUAUGCGUAUAUUAAUCUCAAAGGCACCGUGCACCAAUUCAAUCAUAUAUUAUUUUGUAUAAAAAAGUUAAUUUCGAAUCGGAAACUGUCAGUCAAAAUCGGACAAGAGUUAAUACCAAUCCUACUACCAAACAUGAGAUAUGUGAAUGACAAUGAUUAUGUGAUAAAUAUAAUGGAGUUGUUGUUGAAAUUAUCAAAUUAUAUUCCCAACUGUCUGCUGAUGAAGGAGCUGAAAAUUGAGGACAUUUUACAAGAGUUAACCAACAACAUUGACAUUAUAAUCCAGUUCAAAAUCAAACUCGUGAACAAAAUCACUCAAAAAUUACGAUUCAUGACCAUAGGACAAUGAAUAAACAUAAUAAAAUGAAUAUUUGUGUAGAAAAGUUAAAAAAUUAUUCCUUAAUCCACUUAAUUUUCUUUAUAAAAUCGUUAA